AUGGAAAGCUUGCUCAUUCAGAAUGGAUACAACAUGGUCUCUAUACCACCUGAACUCUUAAUUACAAAUUUUGAAGACCCAAUUCAUGCAAUCGUUGAAGCUAUAUAUAGUGACUACCUAAACGAUCCCACAGAGUUCAGGAAUUUGCAUGGCCGUGCUAUUUUGGCUCCAACAAUCACGUUGUUGAACAGAUAUCAAUCCAACAAAGUUAGGUUGAAUUUAGUGGUUGGUGUUGUCCGUUUAUACGAGUUAUGCAGCCAAUCCAAUCCUGCUGAUGUUUAUAGCUUAGAGAUGGUGCUGCAAGAUGAACAGGGUGAUCGGAUACAUUGUUCAAUCCCAAAAGGAAAUAUUGUGGUAUUCAAGACCUUGAUACAUUUCAUCGGUCAGGUGGUGGGUAAGGAAAAUGCUCAAGAUAUGGUUACGAAAUCCGGCCAGCAGAGUAAAUGCAUUGCACUUUACCUGGAGGAUUUAGAGCAGAAUAGGAUGAAGUGCACCCUCUAUGGUGAAUCUGUAGAUAAAGUAAUUAGUUUCAUGGAUAAACCAGAAAACGAGCCAGUCAUCUUGGUGGCACAGUUGUUUAAGCCACAUUUCUACUUGAAUGAAGUCAGUGUUCAAAACAGUCUUUAUGCUUCUCGGGUUUUUUUCAAUCCAGAUAUUCCUGAUGUUGUAUCAUUUAAGAAUAGCUUAAUGAAACAGGGUGAGAGAGCGUCACAGCCUAUUAGUCACAUUGAUAGGCAACCUCAAUACUCUGUUAGUCAUGAGCUUUCAGCCGGGGCAUUUCCAGUAAAGACAAUUGAGGAGAUUCUUAACAUGACAACUGAAACAUUGUGCUGGGUUGUUGGAACAAUUGUCUCCAUUGAGGUUGGUGCUACAGAUUGGUUUUAUGCUUCGUGUAAGACUUGCCCGAGAAAAGUUAAGGAGAACAAAGAUCGAUAUUUUUGCGAGUACUGUGGAAAAGUGGGGUUUAAUCCUCCGUUGAGGUAUCGGCUUAAUGUUGUCAUCACUGAUGGAACUGGAUGUGUUAAUGUUAUAAUAUGGAAUCAAGAAGCCAAAUUGAUUAUGGGAAAGCCUGCAGGUGACAUGAGAGACCUGAGUAAAUCUGAAAGCACUAAUUCCUACCCAAAAGCUUUUGACUCACUGCUUGAGAGGAAGUUCCUUUUUAAAAUAUCCGUUGGAAAGAAAAAUAUUAGUACUCUUGACCAGGGUGCGGAUCCAAGUGUUUCAAAUUUGUUGGCUAUAAGUGGACAAACUGAUAAUGAGUCGGACGGAAUUGGUGUAGCAGUUGUUUCUUUAUCAAAGGACUCUGUAAUGGAAAGUAAUUCUGAUAUAGGGUUGGAAACUCCUGCCAAAUCUACGGGUGUUGAAUUUGUUUCAAAUUCUACAAUAAUGGUUGGGAUGGAUAGUCCAGAUGUGCAAGGUUCCAGCAACAAGACCACGAGACGUGGAGCUGGCAAACGAAAGAUUGAGUGA